GUCCAAUGCACCCCGGAAGCCACAAAGAUCGAGAGAGGCUGCGCGGGCUUGGAUGGAGUCUCGACUGCACAUCAUGCACCCUCCCUCAGCUUCUUCCGCCGGCAGGGACCCUGGGCCGGAACAUACCAGGCCUGAGAAACAGCUCGCAGUUCUCAAAUAUGCAGAUCUACCCUCUGCACACACAACAGACGACACCCACGUCAUUUUGCAAUAAUGGCGAUCCCUUCCCCUUCCACUCCGACUAUGCCUGAGUUGAGCGAGGUUCUCGAGCGCAUUGGCCUCUCGACAUAUCACCAGAUAUUGUCCGACAACGGCUUUCACAAUUGGGAAACCGUAGUCGACAUCACUGAAGAAGACCUUACUACAUUGAACUUCAAGCUUGGCCACCGUCGAACUUUGCAGCGAGAGAUUGCUACCUGGCGUGGAGUACCACAGACACUAUCCUUGGACCUAGAUGCUACUUCGCCUGAACCAACAUCUCUCUCAAUAUCUGCCUUGGAGACAUUAGCACGACAACAAUCCACACCGCCGCCACGAGAGAAGAGGAGAUAUAGACGCCAUCCACGAGCAGACUCCAACGCGCCAAAGAAACCUAAGACAGCUUAUGUAAAUUUUGCUGAUCAGCUACGAACUGACCCUCAAGUCAGCCAACUCUCUUUUGUACACAUUGCCAGAGAGGUUGGCCGAAGAUGGCAGGAGCUUCCACCAGAGCAGAAGCGGGUGUGGGAGAGCAAUGCUGCACGAGCCAUGCAGGAGUACGAAUCUCAGAUGGACGAGUACAAGAAGACUGAUGACUGGCGCAAGUACCAAGUGUACUUGAACGACUUCAAAGCACAGCAGUCACAGCCAACUAACGGAAAGCGAAAUGCCGUCGGCCGCACCAUGAGCCACAGCACCAGGGAACAUUCACGGGCAAGCCCUGAAUCACCAGAGAGUCCUGGAUCCUCAAUACCCUCGUCUGUUUCGUCAUCUGGGACUGAUGCCGAAGUGUGCCACAACGCUCUGACUCUGGCGUUCAGCGAACUUAUAUCGCUAAGAGGAGAAAUCCUUACUCAAGCUAUACAACCUUACGACGAGAAUCAUCUGCCAUCUGAAGAGCUGGCGAGACGAUCUAUGUAUGCCUUCAUUCGAGGAACAGGAUCACUGGUGUUCACGUGGAGCUAUGAGCAGGCAAAUGAGAUCCUCGAUCGCAUAUACAGACCCAAAGGCAAGAUUGAUGCCAUAGAUCUGGCAGAGUGCUUUACCAUCGCUGCUAUGGGCGCUCACUACGAUAUGGAAUGCUUUCCAGACCGCAUAAGAAGAGUUUUGUAUGCGUCCGGAACCCUUCAUUUCCAUGAGAAGACUGCGAGGACCGACUACCUGCGCACGAUGCGUUUGCUGCUGUCCAUGUCCUUCUACGCUCUACUUGAAAAGCACAUGAGCGCAAGGUAUCUGAUCGCUGCCGGCCUGCUAAUCGCACGUUGGAAGUGCCCACCCCUACAUCGUUCAGCUGCAGGCGCUAUAGACGAGAACUGGCGCAAGGUCUAUCGAAGUUUGAUCUUCAUGGACAGUUGGCUUUCGUACACACUUGGCUACAGCUCAGAAGCCACUCCUCAAGACGUUUCAGUACGCAUGAGCCCCAACAACGACCAUAGUGUGUCUGACCAGAAACAGGUUGCUUGCACUCCUGAUCGCCUGGCUUCAGACACGAUUGACGAGCUCAUCCACACGCAGACUAGCAAGAUUGGGUUGAUUGCAGCCGAGAUUGCAAAGACCUUGGCUGCGCCCGAGCUUGCUACUCGCGAGAACGUGGACAUGCUCACACAAAAGCUGGAGAUCUGGCGCACUGAAGUGCCGCUGACCCUUCAACUUCCAACGCUUACCUCGGAGGCGCCCUCGGAUCUAUCGCUGUACCAAAGGCGAGCAAUACUCAUGGUACACAUCAUGUACUUAGGUGCCGUCAUUCUUAUCUACCGCCAAUUGCUGGUAGCGACUGCAGAGGGCCAGCUUACAGAUGGCGCUUCGAACAGUCUGACAUUCUCUGGCCAUGAUGCACGGCGAUUCAGGAAUGAAUGUGCCAUAGCAGGUCAGACAAUAGCACGCAUCCUGCGUUUGAUAGCUUUCGAUGGCACGUUGACCAGGCGUUGCUGGCUGAUCAUCUACUGGGCGUUCACUGCGGCCAUUGUCCUCCUCCACAGCGUUUCGACCAAGCUCCUCGAUGGUCAGGCUGACGGUGUUGAGACGGACCUUGGCUUUGCCAAAGAAUGCAUGGACAUGCUCGAGCCUUGUCGCAGCGUCGAGCCCAUCGCAGCCAAAUACCUGGACACUCUAUGGCCACUGUACGACGCCCUCCGCGAUGUACAUCAACGCAUGAUCGGUCGUGCGAAGACCAGCAUCUUCUCCCUUCUGCAAGCUGACCCCAACCGAAUGAGCCCUCCACUUGCUGUCUCGAAACAUGAGAUGGGCCCGAUCUCUGAGAAGCUUUCUAUUUUGCUCACGGAUCCUUUCGGUCGCAAACAAAACUUUACAGCUGACGGGAGUAUGAGGCGUUUACUAAAUUCCGAUGGUUCUUGUUCCGUUUUCUGGUGGAAAUGAAGCAACUGCA